UGUAAAGCUUGUGAUAAAUUGCUUUGCAUCGUUAUCUCCUUCGACCACCUUGAAUUGCCUGCGGGCCCCUUGACCUCAUCCGACGCAGCCAUGCUUCUGCACGCGCCGCAUGUUAAGCCCCUGGGGCAGCGUAGUUCGAUACGGCGUGGAAAUUUGGUGGUUGCGAACGUAGCGUGCACGGCGGGCAAGAACCCGACGUCGCGGCCAGCGAAACGCUCCAAGGUGGAGUUCAUCAAGGAGAACAGCGACCACCUGCGCCACCCGCUCAUGGAAGAGCUGGUGAAUGACGAGACAUUCAUCACCGAGGACUCGGUGCAGCUGAUGAAAUUUCACGGCUCCUACCAACAAGACAACCGUGAGAAACGCGCCUUCGGCCAAGGCAAAGCUUACUCAUUCCUGAUGCGGACUCGGCAGCCCGCUGGCGUUGUGCCCAACCGGCUCUACCUGGUGAUGGACGACCUCGCCGACCAGUUCGGCAACGGCACGCUGCGCCUGACCACGCGCCAGGCCUACCAGCUGCACGGCGUGCUGAAGAAGGACCUCAAGACGGUGUUCAGCUCCGUCAUCAAGAACAUGGGAUCCACACUGGCCGCAUGCGGCGACGUCAACCGCAACGUGAUGGGGCCCGCAGCGCCCUUCACCAACCGCCCCGACUACCUGGCCGCCCAGAAGGCGGCGCUGGACCUGGCGGAUCUGCUAACGCCGCAGUCGGGCGCCUACUACGACGUGUGGCUGGACGGCGAGAAGUUCAUGAGCAGCUACAAGGAGGACCCCGCUGUGACCGAGGCCCGUGCCUUCAACGGCUUCGGAACCAAUUUCGACAACAGCCCCGAGCCCAUCUACGGCUCCCAGUACCUCCCCCGCAAGUUCAAGAUCGCCACCACGGUGCCUGGUGACAACAGUGUGGACCUGUUCACUCAGGACCUGGGCGUGGUGGUCAUCAUGGACGACAGCGGUCAGCAGGUUCAGGGCUACAACCUGUAUGUGGGCGGUGGGCAGGGCCGCAGCCACAGAGACGCAGACACCUUCCCGCGCCUGGCGGACCCGCUGGGCUACGUGGCCGCCGCCGACCUGUUCGCCGCGGCCAAGGCGGUGGUGGCGGUGUUCCGCGACUACGGCCGCCGUGACAACCGCAAGCAGGCGCGAACACGGCACAUGCUGGCGGAGUGGGGCGUGGACAAGUUCCGCUCGGUGGCGGAGCAGUACCUGGGCAAGCGCUUCCAGGAGCCGGUGCCGCUGCCGCCCUGGCAGUACAAGGACUACCUGGGCUGGGGCGAGCAGGGCGACGGGCGGCUGUACUGCGGCGUGUAUGUGCAGAACGGGCGCAUCAAGGGCGAGGCCAAGCGGGCGCUGCGUGCGGCCAUUGAGCGCUACAGCCUGCCGGUGGUACUCACGCCGCACCAGAACCUGGUCCUGCGGGACGUGCGGCCCGAGGACCGGGAGGACAUUGAGCAGCUGCUGCGGGCCGGCGGCGUCAAGGAGCUGGUGGAGUGGGACGGGCUGGACCGGCUGUCCAUGGCCUGCCCCGCGCUGCCGCUGUGCGGCCUGGCGGUCACGGAGGCGGAGCGGGCGCUGCCGGACGUCAACACGCGCAUCCGGGCCAUGUUGACACGGGCGGGCCUGCCUCCCUCCCAGCCGCUGCACGUGCGCAUGACGGGCUGCCCCAACGGCUGCGUGCGGCCCUACAUGGCCGAGUUGGGGCUGGUGGGCGACGGACCCAACAGCUACCAGCUGUGGCUGGGCGGCGGGCCGGCGCAGACACGCCUGGCGCAGCCGUACGCGGAGAGGGUCAAGGUGAAGGACUUGGAGUCCACGCUGGAGCCCCUGUUUGGCGCCUGGAGGGCCGGGCGCCAGCCGGACGAGGCCUUUGGAGAUUGGGUGGCGCGGCUCGGAUUUGACGCCGUGCGGCAGCAGGCGGCGGCGGCGGCGGCGGCGGCUCCUGUCGGCACCGCGUGAGGCGGCGGCUCGGGGCUUUCCCGGUGCAAACGUACGUGCGUGCGUAUGCGUGUUUACGUGUGUGUAAGUAUGUAUCUGUGUAUGUGUACCGUAUGUGUACGAGAAGCGAAAAUGGUGGACGACGACUGCACAGUCGCAGCACCGGCGGCUUGUGGGGUAGGCUGUGGCUACCUCUCGCAAUGCGGCCACGUAAUGGUAUUGCAAAAUGCCCCUGCGUCAAUGAUAAGAGAUUGCGUAUUCAUGCACGUGACUGAGGAGAAACGGUUCACAACGAAACCCUGCAGCCCGGCAAUGCCAUGUUCUAGAUAGGUCACGCACGCAAUCCGCAUGCAGCGCGGUCUUCGUAUGUACUAUGUAGCACUACCCUGUGCGCAGUGCACCAUUUAUAUGCUUUGCUAGCAGCAAGCGGUUUUGCUUGAGGUUCCUUUUGCCUGGAUUCGCCUGCCAGCCCUCCGGGAGCUAGGGGUGACGGGCCGCGUAUGGCUGCCGGGGUGCUCUGUAGCGAUCAUGCAAAAGUAAGAUGAGUUCUGUUUGGGUUGCGCGGAAGUGCUGAGGCGCUCUUGUGCAAUACGAGUACGGCACGGCAGGCAUAGAUAUGUGAGCUUGUCGAUCGGAAGGCGGCGCAGGCCCGCGGGACGAGACACGGGCAAGUGCCCGUGUCGGGGCCCGUGUAGCGAAGGGGGCUUCACUGCUACUGCCAACUGGUCACAGGACAGGGUCCAGCCUUGGGUCCAGCGUCCGCCGCGGGGCUGAUGGUCGAGGCCGCGCGUUUUAUUCGGGCGGCUCGAAACGCGCUGCUCAUGGUACCGCUCCUGUGAAAUCCGGCCAGGACCUGUGAAGGCUGUGGCCCGGAAAGAUGUCAGUUGCGUCGACAUGUCGCUUGAAAUGUAAAAGGCCUGGCAUGUCCAGGCGUCCG